AUGAAAUUUUAAAUAGGUUUAACCUUAGUUUUGAUACUAUUCCUUGUUAAUCUAAUAAAAGCAUCAGAUAAAAAUGUUUAAGAUUAUUUAGAUGAGUAGGAAAAAAUACAUAAUUUCCCUAUAAAGCAUUUAGAUUAUAAAUAAAUAGUUGAAACAUUUUAUUAAUUAGAAAAAGAAUACCCACAUUAUAUCAAAGUUUAUGAUGCUCGUUCAGAAUUCAAAAAUGAAACUCUUCCUAAAGUGUAUUGCUCUAAUACCUAAAAUCCUGAAGACUUAUGCAAAUUUAUAUAUGCUGUCAUCACAAAUUACUCUGAUCCUAAGCAUGUUAAUUUUACAUAAUCUUUUUUUUCAGGAAAUUUUCAUGGUGAUGAGGUAGUAGGACCAAACAUAUUGACAUACAUGGCGAAAUAUAUACUUGAAAAACCUGAUCUAAACAUAUUAUCUAAAAGCUAUUUAGUAAUUUUGCCAAUGGGUAAUCCAUAAGGUUACUCUUAAUAUAAAAGAGAAGAAUGUUAAAAUGGAAAUAGAAUUUGUUUUGAUAUGAAUAGAGACUUCCCUUACGACACAAAUGAAAAGUGCUUUUAAACUGCAGGUGCACGUAUUAUUAACUACAUAUGGAAGAAAUAUUUAUUUACUGCUUCUAUCACAUUUCACGGAGGAAUGACAGCUAUUGGAUGGCCAUGGGGCUCUAAUAAUCAUUUGACAAGCGAAAAUAAAGGAUAAAUUUGUCCUGACUAAAAUGCUUUUUACAUCUUAGGAAAAAGAAUGUCAGAAGUUGGAGGAUAGUAUCCUGGCAUACCAAAAUACCGUUAUGAUAUACUAAAUGAUGUUGUUUAUCCAGUGAAUGGAAGUUUUGAAGAUUGGAGUUAUGCUGCAAGUUGGGAGAGAUAUAUUGAUCCAUCAUUUUCUUCUUUUUUUCCUAAAUGUGAAAGAAUUUCUGAUGAGGAAUUAUAAAUUAAUAAUAAUACUGCAAGGUCUUUAACUUACUUAAUAGAAACCACAGAUAAAAAAUAGCCUCCUGAAAGUACAUAUGGAACUUGGCAAUAAAUUUAGAGUAAUGACAAAGGAUAAGGACAUGUAACCAGAAAUAUUAGACUUACUCUUGAUUUUAUAAAUAAUUUAUCACCUUCUUAUGAAGUAGCCACUCAUAAUUCUGGAAAUUAUACAUUUUACGUUAAAUGGGCUGUUGAAGGGUGCCAUUAAGUUUCUAACACUAAAUUCUUGAUUAGGGAAAAUGAUUAAUAAUCUAAUAUAGUCAAAAAUAGUUAUUAUUCUCUUCAAUAGUUAUUGGAUGAUGGCUUUAAAAUAUAUAGUGAAUAUACUGAUUAUCAAGGAAAAUUAAAAGAUAUCACUUCCUUUAAAAGUUAAGUAGUUUAAUUUGAUGAUCCAAAAGACAGAUUAAUUGACAUAGCAAUAUUCUCUGAGUGUGAUUCAUUCUUAACUGAAAAGGUUAGUUCUGCCGAACCAAUAAUUGAACCUUAGUCUCACUUUGUUAGAAGUAGAUCAAAUGCUAGCUAUCUUGCAGAAAAUAAUGGCUUUUUUAUUAAUAGUAAUAAAUAUAUUAUUAAAAGUUUAGGACCCUUUGAAGUUAAUAAUAACAUUUACACUGACUCUUCUGAUCUAAAAAAUCAGCCCUCAAAAUAGAAGAGUGACUAUGAUUAUUUGAUAGCUAUAUUCUCAAUUGUUACUGUUGGAGCUUUGAUAUCAUACUGCAUAUAUAAGAAGUUUGAUGGUUUUGGAGCAAACAAUGUGAACUUUUAAGAACUUCAUGACGAUGAUCAUUAACUUUAAUAACUACCCAACUCAUAAUAAUAAUAGAAUCAAAAUUAAUUGAAAAGAGUUAAUAAUAAAGAGGGUGGAGUGAAAAAAUACGAGCUUACACAUGAAGAUGACGGAUUAUGA